AUGAUUGCCAUACUAUUUACAUUCUUAUUUAUCAACCUCAUAUCUGCUGCUCCAAUACCAGCUAUCAUAACAAGGUACCACACUGCUGCACCGGUCACCGAAGUUGUCACACACACCACCGGUACAACCACUGUAUGGUUACCACCAGUUGGCAUUUAUGUAUUGGCCGAUGGAAGCUCAUCAACAAGCACAAUUUGGAGUGGACAAUGGAACACUUAUCCAGCUACAUUCACAUCGAGUUUGACUGAUGGUAACGGCAACACUCAACAAAACGCUCAACCAACUACUUCUACCCCUGCUGCUGACACCACUCCAACAAAUGAACCACAGACUGCUCAAACUGCAGGAAACACUCAGCCAACAACUCAAGGCCAGACUACUCCUGCUGCUACUACGUCAACCUCAGCACCUGAACAGCAAACGACAUCAACUUCAGCACCUGAACAGCAAACUCAGCAAACUUCAACUACUUCUUCAUCAAGUUGGACUCCAUCUUCAAGUUCAUCAACAUCCUCCAGCAGCAGCAGCAGCAGCAGUAGUAGUGUUAAUGACGGAGAUUCAGACAACAUCUCACCACCUUCAACAAUUGUAUACUCACCAUAUGCAAACGACAGAAGCUGCAAAUCCUCAGAUGAUAUCAAUUCAGACUUGGAGCUCAUCUUUAGCAAGGGAAUCAAGCAAAUUAGAUCAUACGGAACUGACUGUGGCUCCUUGACCACCGUGUUGCAAAAAUGUAAAGAAUUGGGCAUGAAAGUCAAUCAAGGAGUUUGGGUUUCCCAAGAUGGUGUCAAUUCUGCUGACGAUCAAAUCAAACAAGUUAUCGAAUAUGGACAGCAAAAUGGCUGGGAUGUUUUCAACUUGAUCACAUUUGGGAACGAAGCUAUAAAUUCACAAUAUGUUGACGUUGACUCCAUGAUGCAAAAAUUGGACUCCGUCAGAACGCAAUUCAGAAAUGCUGGAUAUAAUGGCUACGUCACCACUGCUGAGCCACCAGCCACUUUUAUCAACUACCCCAAAUUGUGUACCGACACCAGUAUGGAUAUCGUUGCCAUCAACCCACACUCUUACUUCAAUGAGAAUGUCAGCCCAUCAAAUGCUGGAAACUACGUCACUACUCAACAAUCACAAGUUGCUAAUCUUUGCAAGGGGAAAAAAGUUUGGAUUACUGAAACGGGGUAUCCAUCACAAGGUCAGACUUUAGGAUUGAAUGUGCCAUCGCCUGAAAAUCAGGAAAUUGCAAUCAAGUCGAUCUUGAGUUCAACUGGGGGUGAAGUGACCAUCUUGACCACAUACAAUGAUUUCUGGAAAGAUCCUGGUCCACAUGGUAUUGAGCAAUAUUUCGGUGCCAUCAACUUGUUCAGCUAA